AUGCAGCAUGUGCCCCUCUGGCGUAGUGCGCGCCAGGGCCACGGCUUGAACGAGCGACACGGUUGUUUUUGGCCGAGUACCAAGAAGGAGAGGGGGGGCUGCCUCUACCUCUAUCCCGCUUACAUCGCCUUCCGCACUGCCCUGCGAACGGGUAACUUCAACCUGAGGUGCGAUGCCCUUCGCCGUAUCGCCAAAGUGUUCUACAUCACCGGCAAGGACCGUUACCAGUUCCUCGUGGCAGACCACCUUGCUGAGAUGGCGAUUUUGCCGGAGUCAGAUCGAAAGGUUAUCGCUGAGCUGUUUUCCGUAGCGCUCGGUCCCGACGUUUUCGCGCGGAUUGGGCUAGACGAGAGGCAGGAGGUUGCUAAUCGGUUUUACAAGACGAUGACCAAGAGAAUCGUUUCGAGCUUCAUAGAAAAGCUGGCGCCGAUUGCUCAACUGCGUGAGGAGGCCCUGAUCCAGUUCGAGCGAGAGUACAUCGAGCAGGCACAAAAGGCCCGGGACAGGAGCCGGGAGGUGGCGUUAAAACGCGAGCCGGCGGUCAAGGAAGCUCGUGAGGUGUUGCUCAAGAGCCCGGCAUUUCAAGGUGAUGAAGGUGUGGGAAAAAUCAUGUCGUUGGACGGCAGGGUGGUCACUCAAAAAGAAGAGGAGGAGCUUGUCAGCGCGCCGACGAAGGCAGUGGAGAAGUUUCAGGAGGUCGUCGCACACUGCGUUUUGAGGGACCCGGAAAAGAAGGGGACGACCAAGAAGAACGUUUUCUCAAUCCCGCCCAAGAACACAACGAACCAGUCUACGAAGAGCCAAGGGAGGAAGUCGGGUUUGAAGGAUAACAUAGCCAACGCCUUCGCUGGGGGGCGUGAGUUCAAGGCACUGUUUUUGAACACCAUGGAUGCUGCCGACGAACACGGGUCGGUCACGCCGGAGCUUUUGGCUGAACUGGUGUCUCAAGUGGGAGCUCCCCGGCCAUACAGCAUGCUAAAUUCCAAAGGAGGUGAGAUUCAGAGAUCGAGUGUGGGUCACCCUUACAAUGAGAUGUCUGAGGCUUUCGGCGCCGACGGCGAGGCGGAUGAAGGGGGGUGGUAUGGCUUGGGGCCGGAACAUCUCCUGCACUUCCGCAACGGGUUCACUUCAGGUACGGUUGUCCAGCGAGACCGUGGACCGGACGUUGGCGAGGCUGAGCUUUCUGUCGCUCAUUUUAUCGUGUGGGCGGAGAAGUACUGGGGAAAGAAGUUGGACAAGUGGCUCGUCACAUCAGUCGACACGGGCUUGUGGAUGAUCAUCCUCUUGGCAAUGAGCACCGGCAAAAUCCCGCCUAAUGUAUCGAUAAGGUGGACGUUACCGUGCAGAGGAUUGUUGGGGGAGCUGCGAAGUUCCUAUUGGUCAACCGAGUACUUCCAAGGCUGCAUUCCCACCGCUGACGAGAAUGUGCGCCUUUUCGCUCUGAUCUACCUUCUGGCGGGCUGCGACUUCCUCCCUGCCAUGUCCGGCCUGCCGUUUUACAAAAUGUGGAUACUUUCUCUGAAAAGCGUGCGGGCUGAGGGCGUGUUCAACCGUUCCCUAUUCGUGAUGGAGGAUGGGGUGUGGACGGUUGACAUAGAGCAGAGCAUCAAGCUUCUCGCGACCAUUUUCUACUUCAGGUACGAGGCAGCAUUUGCCGGUGUUACGACCACUCCAGGCGAUCUGCUCCGCAGCGUGAAUGACAGCGUCAGGAACUACGUGGACCUCAUCCGAGUGGCCAUCGUCAAGCUUGGCAAGAAGAGGACGACAGACACCUGCCCGACUUAUAGGUCGAUGCGCGAGCAAUGCUUGAGGAUGAAGUUUGUCGACGGGUACUGGCAAGAUGGAUUCAAAGACCACAUGCCAGAACGAGACUUCAACGGAAAGGGUUGGGGUAUCAACCCCAAGGCGAAGGGCAGCAAUGCGUCAGCACUCACAGGAGAGAAUUGCGUUAUGUGGGUGUCGGAGCAUUCUUCCAUCGGUCCCGAUGGGAAGAUGGUCACGAUGACGUGCGGUUGCGACCCGGUGAAGGCCUUAGACUACAGUCAAUAA